GUCUCGCGAGAUCUCGCUGGGCUGUUUGACGGGGGAGAGGAAAUCCCCGGGCGAGGCCCGGAAGCGCUUCGAGAGUCGGGUCUGAGCAGGAGUCUGAGGGGGAGCCGGAGCGAACCAGGAUGGCCGAGACGGACCCCAAGACCGUUCAGGACCUCACCGCUGUGGUGCAAACCCUGCUGCAACAGAUGCAGGACAAGUUUCAAACCAUGUCUGACCAGAUCAUUGGCAGGAUCGACGACAUGAGCUGUCGCAUCGACGACCUGGAGAAAAACAUAGCGGAUCUCAUGACUCAAGCCGGAGUGGAGGAGCUGGAAGGCGAGGGCAAGGCGGCGGCAAACAAGACUGCUUCGAGUGAGAGCAACUUUGAAACGAUUUGAUGUCUGCAGACCAAAGUGGGCAGGGAUGGCCAGUCGCGAGCCGUGGCUGCCAGGCUUGCCAAUAAUCUUGGAUGUCAGAAAGAGAAAUUUUUACCAGCUUACAGGGAUUUCAAGACUGCAUUUGUUUGGCUUUGAUUUUUUUCAACUACUGUGUGUAAAAGCAUUUUUUCUACCGCUGUAGAUCAUGCAUUCCUAAUGUACCUUGUAUAACUAGAUUUGGAACCGUUUCUAUUCUGCUUUGGUGCAUAUUUGUGGAUUUCACACACUUCUUUUGAACGGUCAGGGUCUCUAUGCUUCCGUUAUUAGAAACACUGUUUUGAUGGUCAACUAAAAUACUAACAUUUGAAUGGAUUUUUGUGAAAUCACAUUUGGGGAGAAAAAAAAAAAAACCCUUCCUCACAGGAGGUUUUAUGUUGAGUUCUUUUUGUAAUUCUUUUCACUUGGGUGGCUAAAAUUUCUAUCAGCCUGCACAACAGAUUUGUCAUAUGAGCAUGAGACAAUUGUGUGGAGUCGGGCACAAGAAUAAAGCUCAAUGUUCUGAAA